AAAAGGGGGGGGGAAAAGUACUAUUGCGUCCCUUAAUGUGCAUUCUUUUAAAUAUUAAAAUAAUAUUUUAAAUAUUCUUUUACAUGUUUAGGUAGAAAUUGAUGGAUGGAUGGAUGUUUAGGAUAUAUGUUUCCGGUUUGUCCCUCGUCGGUAUCCUUCGUUAAGCAUUAGCUUAUUAGCCUAUUAGCUCUAAGGCUGUGCGGGUGACAAGUCCUGAUUAAAAAUGUCUCCUUUGCUAAUGUUUCUAUCGUCGAUAAUAAUGGUGAGCUGGGCUGACGUCUGUCCUUGUGAGAGACCCGAGUUAUGCCAGCAGAUACAAGACGAGAAAGACUUUGAGGUGUUUGUGUUCGACGUGGGCGGGAAGACGUGGAAGUCGUACAACUGGAGUGUGGUGACGACCGUGGCGACAUUCGGCAAAUACGACGGCGAGCUCAUGUGCCACGCCCAUUCUAAAGGAGCGCGCGUGGUCCUCAAAGGCGACGUUCACCUGGCCUCCGUUGUGGACCAAAGCAACAGGACCUCUUGGAUCACGGAGAUGGUGGACUUGGCCAGACGUCAGUUUAUGGACGGCAUCAACCUGGACAUCGAGCAAGCCGUGGAAGAAGGCUCGCCUGAGUACUUUGCGCUCACAGACCUGGUCAAAGAGACCACGGAGGCUUUCCACAAGCAGAUACCUGGUUCUCAGGUGUCCUUCGAUGUUGCCUGGUCGCCCCAAUGUGUGGACAAGCGCUGCUACGACUACGUCGCCAUCGCCAACUCCUGUGACCUGCUCUUCGUCAUGUCCUACGACGAGCAGAGUCAGAUCCUGGGGGACUGCAUCGCCAUGGCCAACUCCCCCGUCACUCAAACCCUUGGAGGCUACGAUCAGUAUUUGAAGAUCGGCGUGGAUCCAAAGAAGUUGUUGAUGGGCGUGCCAUGGUAUGGCUACGACUACCCUUGCCUCAACUUUACCCAGGAUGGCGUUUGCUACGUGGCGGAGGUGCCGUUCCGUGGCGCCCCGUGCAGCGACGCAGCCGGCAAGCAGAAAACGUACAAGUGGAUAACCAAGCAGAUUGGCAGCUCGUUGUCCGGUCGGCUGUGGGACGACAAGCAGCAGGCCCCAUACUUCAAUUACAAGGACCCAAAAGGACAAAUUCACCAGGUUUGGUACGAUGACCCAGAAAGUCUUUGCCUGAAGACCGAUGCUGUCCAAUCCAAAGGUCUGAGAGGGGUGGGCAUGUGGAACGCUAACAUCUUAGACUACAGCGACGACCCCGUUGCUAGGCAGCAGAGCGCGGCAAUGUGGAACGCUCUCUUUGGAUGCCAGCCGGGCUAAAGUUUACGGUACGAGACGUUAGUUGCUAAGUCAACGCCACCCUUUUGUGGCAGCAGACAUUGUUGUAGCUUUUAUUGCCGCGGCCUUUCGAAGGCCUUCAGACAUUCCACUGAUCCAGUCUGCUAUGGUUCCUUCAUGCACUUGUUUUUUUGUCAGCACCUUUUCUGCUUGAAUACAAUAAACGCCUGAGAGAUCUUAGAAAACACUUGUUCCACGUAAAAGUCUGCAUGGUUUUCUCGGGCUGUUCUGCGAUACUUGUCCCAACAGGCCAGUCCCAACAACAAGUGUUAAAAGAUCAGAGAACAUACAGCAGGAUUUAUGUGAAGGAAGUCCCAGUCCUCUCUUGCAAACAAACAUUCAUACGCCAGUGUGGAAGUAAAGCGUCUUGCCCAAGGACACAACGGCAGUGACCAGCUGGAUUCAUACCAGGAACCCUCAAGUUUCUGUAAAACGGCGGUGGUUUCAUUUGAUGCACUGUCAGGAUCCGACAGCUCCACGCGUGGCCACUUGGACUUAUCUUGGAGAUGCCACAGGCCCAAAAUGGCAGGACUGACUCUUCUUCUGGGCCAGCUCCGCCUUCAGGCCCCUCAGCUCGGUGGCAGCCUGUUUCCUCAGCUGCGGCACAACAACAUUGUUCACACGUCAUCCCACGACACCUGCUGCGAAGUCUUACCUUCAUCUCCGUCAGCAGCUUCAUCUUGGCGUCCUCCACCUGCCUCUUCAUGUCGUCCAUCUCGUGGCUCUCGCUCAGGAUCUGAAUGAUGAGCUCGUUCUGAAAGGUUGGCCAGAGAAACACUUGCAAACAUUAGAGAUCAAACCAUUCUCAGCGCCGAUAUUUUGCAUCGUAUCGCCCUUUAACUCCGAUAUAUGGGUCAUUCUAGCGAACUGAUGCAAAGAGCGGGCCCUUAACAACAAAAAAAGGGUUUCAAAGUACUCAGACAGGGAUUUUAACAGAGAU